UCUAGGCUGGACAGAGAGAGCAAGCAGUGAGGAGAGCAGAGAGCAGAACUCAGGCUGGAGGUAGUAAGAGUCAAUCUAUCUGAUUCUGGCUGAUUACAGAGGGUGACUUUCCUGUUUUUUUUCUGAUUUUUUGGGUUACCUGCAAGAGGGGACAGGUGGGGAGACAGGUAUAUUUACAGCCAUAGGGGGAGAUGUAUGAAUCAAAAUAAUCCACUUCUAGAUCUGUGUAGGAAGCUGUUGAGAUUCUAGUAUAAUCUUUAAACUGAAACUUGCUGUAAAAUCACUAAUAGAAUACCAAAUUAGAAAGGAAUUUGAGCGCUUAAAUAGUGUCAUUUAAAUCAGACUGGAUGGUGUUCAGUGUAUCGAGAGAGGGUACCAAAGCAGAAAGUGAUUCUCAGGUCAGCCUUGAGUCAAUAGGGACACAGGGGGGCAACAUACCAAACCAGGGGUUCAUGUUGCUGUAGUUGAGUCAGGGAUCUGGGAGAAAGGGUCUCAUACUGAGAGAAAUCAGAAAGGAAGUGUUGCCCAGGGGGUUUAAUGAGAAAUUGUUUAUUAGAGAUAGAAGUUAAAUUCAUGAGUAGGAGCCAAUUAAUUAGGACUAAAGAUCAGAUAGUCUGGUGGUGGUCACAUCUAAGAUUCAGCUGGUUGAGUUGCUGAAUUUCCCUUUAAUUUAGUUAAGGACAUGUCUCCUCCAUGGUCUCUGCUCCCUAUUUUUUUCCUCUUUCUCUCUGCCUCUGCUGCCCCUGGUAUCUCCCGACGGCAAACACCAAAUUGCCCCCGGGUGUGUGAGCUUGCCCGCUGCCCACGUAUCCAGAUGCCAUGCCAAGCAGGUGAGGUGCGGGACUCCUGUGGCUGCUGUCCAGUGUGUGGGGCAAGUGAAGGGGAGGCCUGUGGGCAUAGAGGGGGUGCCCCUUGUGGAGAGGGGAUGGAAUGUGUCCUUCCUGCUGUUGGAGGCUCAGCGAGAAGACGAAUUGGUGUGUGUGUGUGCAGUACCAGUGAACCUGUCUGUGGAAGCGAUGGGAGGACCUACCGGAACCUGUGCCACCUCAAGGCUGAGAACAGGCGGGCACGGCUGCUGAAUUCCCCUCCUGCCAUCCACAUACAAAAGGGACCAUGUGAUACAGGUUCCCAUUACCCUGACAGCCUGAGAUACAAAUUUAACUUCAUUGCUGAUGUUGUUCAGAAGAUUGCCCCAGCUGUGGUACAUCUGGAACUGUUCAGAAGGUCUCCAUUUACAGGUCAAGAGAUGGCUGUGUCCAGUGGCUCUGGCUUUAUUGUGUCUGAUGAUGGCCUCAUUGUAACAAAUGCUCACGUACUUACGAACAAGCAACGCAUUAAAGUGGAAGUGAAAGAUGGUGCUCACUAUGAUGCCAAGAUCAAAGAUAUAGACCAGAAACUGGAUAUUGCACUAAUUAAGAUUGACCCAGAUGCUCCUCUCCCAGUUCUCAUGUUGGGCAGAUCUGCUGACCUGAGGCCCGGAGAAUUUGUGGUAGCAUUAGGGAGUCCCUUUUCCCUACAGAACACCGUCACCACCGGAAUCAUCAGCACCACACAGCGAGGAGGCAAGGAAUUGGGCUUGAAAGACUCUGACAUGGAGUAUAUUCAAACUGAUGCCAUAAUAAAUUAUGGAAAUUCUGGAGGACCACUUGUAAAUUUGGAUGGAGAGGUAAUAGGCAUAAAUACAUUAAAGGUAACAGCAGGCAUAUCCUUUGCUAUUCCAUCGGAUCGCAUAAGGCAGUUUUUGGCAGAGUCACAUGACAGACAAACUAAAGGAAAGAUGCUGCCAAAGAAGAAAUACAUGGGAGUGCGUAUGCUACAGCUUUCCUCAAAUCUAAUCCGUGAGCUGAAAACGCGGGAUAAAGAUUUUCCCGAUGUUAAUGCUGGAGUGUACGUGUUUGAAGUCAUUCCUGGAACGGCAGCUGCAAGUGCCGGCAUGAAGGAUCAUGAUGUCAUUAUCAGCCUAAAUGGAAAGAUGGUGAGCAGCACAGAGGAAGUGAGCGAAGCAGUGCGAAAUAAUGAUACUCUAUCCAUCGUAGUGCGUCGUGGGAAUGAAGACAUUAUCCUCAACGUGGUGCCUGAGGAGAUGGAAUAGGGGCCAGUUUUCCCAUCAUCACCUCCAUCAUCAGCCAUCUCCUUAUGCCGUGUGUCUUGGGCACAGAAGUUUGAAACUUAGUCCUUGUGAUUUCAUUGGCUGGAAUAGGGUACGUGCUGGGUAGACUCAGGGUUAUUGACUAUCCCAGCAGCCCAAACAAGAACAGGCCACGCUGCCACUUGCUUUCUGUCUCGUCUCAUUGCAAAUGAAGAAAUGCUGCUUAGAUUUACAGACUGGACUGUUGAUCGUCCAAUGAGAAUAAGUGUUACACAGCUAAACUUCAGUGUAUCGAAAGCCGUAAAGUAUUUAUCUUCAUAUAUCUAUAAAAUGUAAAACCUCACUAUAUCGAUGUACAUAAAAGAAGAAUGCAAAAUGUCGUAAUAUUCUA